AUUGGAGACAGGAUGCUCAUUUAUGUCAUUUACUGUUGGGUUGGUCUUGCAUGUUCCAAGUCAGGUGGGAUGUCGCGUUCUUUGCUUAAGAUAAACAUGACAAGCAGCAGUCUAAAAGCUACUUGUUCUGUCUUGACUGCGGAUAUCGUAAUGGGAUUAUCUAUUCUCAGCACUGCUAGAGAACGAGGCUGAAUGCACAGUAGCCACUGCUAAAAUGCAGUGAGGUAGCGUUGACUUGGAAAAAGCGUAGUUGGCAUAGGAAUGGAUUCUGUCUGUAUGGUCAUGCAACCUCAGGUGAGUAGAAUACAUAGACACAGACCCAAAAGAAGAGCGUGCAAAAAGUUCAGUUGUCUUUCAGUCAGAUGUGAAGGCUAAUGGCUAUCAAGAGUCUACUCGUGACCCUGAUGACAGCGAUGAUGAAAGCAGCGAAGAGGAGCCACCAACCACGAAUUGGAACGAGCUGUCCAUCAUAGAGCGUGUGGGCCUCAGCAGUGUGGAGAUGUCAGAGAUGGAUUUGGAAAACACCUUCUCUCAGAUCGCCUUGGCCUUCCGUUGUGACCAGUACACGCUGAAGCAGAGGCUCCAGGCUGAAGAGCACGCCCGCAACCUGGCUGAGGAGAACGUCCUGCUGGAGCUGUCCAGAGGCAAAGAGACGCUUGAGACACUAAAGAGCCUGUGCCUGGAUAGCAAGCGUAGUAAGAUCGUGCAGAAGCUGGAGUUAUCGCUGGACAUCCUCACUGGCACUGUAGAACGUAUCUCCAACACGGCCGAGGUGCUUGGAGCAGUACACCAGGAGGCCCGUGUGAGUCGUGCAGUGGAGCUCAUGGUGGCUCACGUGGAGAACGUGAGGAGGCGACUGGAACGACACGACGCUGAGCUGGAGGAGGCCAGGAAGAUGAUCCAGCAGCAGAAUUCCUGCAGGAGUAUCGACGAGCCUGGAGCGCCUUUCGAUCCAGACGACAGUGACAGUUGGAGGAAAAGCUAUCAGCAGAACGGCAGUCGUCGUAGAGUCAGUGUGACAUUAAUUCCAAGUGACUUACAGCCUCUUCAGAAGACAAAGCGAGAGUCUCGGAAACGAGCAGCUCGAAGGCAGGUUGUCUCGAGAAGUAAAUCCUUCCCCGUCUGCCCAUCUCCCACCUUGAGCUCGGCAUCCAGCUGCAGCGGCGUCAACAAGGAAGACAGUGUUUUGAUGGAUGACAGACCCAUUGAUCCGGAUGAAGUGUCUGCCCCUUUGCUUGACUCAGAACCACCUCCCGCUCUUGUCGUCCCAGAGCCCCCUUUCCCAUGCAAAGCAGCUGGUGGUGGAAAGUUGUCUCUAAAAAGUUGCACGCUUGACGCAACGCGGCAGAGGCACAAGAACAAAAAUUUGUCGGCAAAGAAAAAGGUUGACAAGGAGAAGAAGAGGACAACCGUCUGUCAACGUAUCUUUACAGACGGUGCACCGCGAAGACAACGAUCCCUGGCUCGCUGCCGCUGGCUGCUGCUCUGCAUCUUUGUAGUUCUUUCCUUCAUUACAUGGAUUGUUAUUUUAGUGGAAUGAUAAUAAAAAGGGCACCCACGGUGGAAAACAAAAUGGGCAUAAGCUUUUGAAAUGUUUAUAUGGAAAUGGUAGUGCCUUCCCAAAAAUGUGUCAAAUCAAAAUCAAAUCAAAUUUAUUUAUAUAGCCCUUUACAAAACCGGAAAGGUCCCCAAAGUGCUUUACAGCAUGGACAAACAUGGCUCAUAGUAAAUAAAAGGCAGGAAAGUAUUAUACAAUGACAUUAAGAAAAAAAGAAAAGUAACAAAACAACGCAUUACGAUAAAAGUCAGACAGCAAAUAAAACAAUAAAAUAGAUAAAAUCCGAAAACAUGAAAAACCCUUAAGAAUAAAACCAGGCUACACUAAUCUGGGGGAAAGGCGAGUGUAAAAAGGUGUUUUUUUAAAAAGAGAUUUAAAAAGGCCCAAAUUCAUAGUGGUGCGGAUUUCAGGGGACUAUUCCACACCUUAGGGCAGCAACCGCAAAAGAUCGGUUUGGACCUCGGAACGUGCAAAUCAAGUUGGCCGGUAGAACGAAGAGUCCUGCCAGAAUUACGGAUGGUUAAAAUUUCCGAUAAGUAAGUAGGAGCUUGGCCAUUAAUAGAAUUAAAAACAAACAGUAAAAGUCUAAAAUCAAUUCUAAAAUGGACUGGAGCGAUGAUAGCACGGGGGUAAUUUGUUCACGUCUAGGUGUAUCAGUUAAAAAAAUCGAGCAGCAGCAAUUUGAACAAGUUGGAGACGAAAAAUUGAGGACUUGGGAAGACCAAAAUAAAGCGCGUUGCAGUAGUUCAGCCAGAAUCGUCGCGCCCCGUUAGGCAAACCAGGCAAUUGCCUAAGGCCCCCAUCCAGCAAGGGCCCCCAGAGGGCCAACAGAUUUAGCACACGCAGCUUUACUGCACUGUCGCAGCGAAAAGUGCGACAGUGCCAGUGAAAGCCUUGUGUCUGAGUUUCCUCAAGGGGCCCCUUCACUCGCUCUACACCCCCCCCCCCCUCACGUGACUCAGAGUGAGCGGCGAUUUGGCUUUUUUUUAAUUGGCGUGUAUCCAAAAUGAAGAGAAGUUAUCCUUCUGGAAGCGACGAAAGAAAAAAAGGCAGAAGAGGAGAAAAGAAAGCAAGACAGCGUGUCAUUGGCCAACUAGACCUGGCUGACAAUUUCAUGGUCCUCUGCAACAAACCACUGGACCGGAGUCCCGUCGGCUGCUCUCUGGAGAAUCACGUUCCCUGAACCCUGCCAAAAAAACAACAACAACAAUAGAAACACCUUUAUGUUAGUAUACAGCAGCACCUUCAGUGUGGAAUGACAUCAAAGCUAAGAGUUGUGACAGUUAAAAAGAAUUUUUUUAAUCAUUUAACUCAUUCGCAGCCAUUGAGGGCACUAGAUUUCCAAUCCAUUUUGAUUGGGAGGCAGUGUUGUUUUUGGCAGCCCUUUUAAUUUUUGUCUUAGUCUUUUGGAUAAAAAUACUUAUGUCUUAGUCAAAUUUUAGUCAGUUGCGUGACGCAAUGCUCACAAGACAAGGGUAUCGAUAAAAAACCUACCUCUGAAUCAGGUCGGCACUUUUUCCCGUCUUUUUCAGCCCUCGCACUCAAGAAAUCUCUUUAACUGUGUCUAAAAAUGAUUAUAGCAGACAGCCGGAAACCAAAUCAAUUAAGACGCCACUUAAAGACAUUAGACCCAAAUCUCAUUGAUAAGCCGCUUGGUUUUUUUUCAGCGAAAACGUGCCGAAUAUUGCCAACAAUCGUCCCGCUUUGUCAGUGUUAUAUCAGUAAACCAGUGAGCACUGUUAGCAUGCUCAGUGCAAAAUAACCCCACAUCAUUGCAAACUGGAGGUGAUACUGGGAGCAGCGAAAAUAAAAACUUCUGUCCAAAGACACUUUUUUUUUUCUUCUUCUUCUAUUCAGUUUUGUUUUUUCGGUCAAAUUUUUUGGCAUAUUGUCCUCAUGAGUUAAUGUUUCUAAUCAAUUUGAAUUUGUUAUUAUUUACUGAUUUUAUUUUUCAGUAUCAAAUGGUAAAAAAUGUAACUUGAGUGUAUUUUUACAGUUUGGAUGUGACUUUUUUUUUUUUUUUUUUUUUUUAACUUCAGGCAAAUUGAUGCGCAUUAAGUCUUUUCUGUUACAAACAAAACAAUGUUAAUAAAGUUAUACUUUAUAAGUUGAUCUCUUAUUUUCUCUAAUAGAAAAAAAGAUACAAUGUGAGGCAGAGGCGUUAUAAUAGUAAUAUUAUAGACAAAUGAU